AUGGGCAAAUCUAACAAUAAUAAUAGUGGUAAUAGAGUUAGUAAUUGCAACAUUGAUUCAACUUAUCCACCACUCGAAGGAUAUUUGGUGAAACUAGGUAAAUAUGUGAAAUCAUGGAAUAAAAGAUGGGUUUGCAUUGAGGGUGAUUCAAUUAAAUAUUACUCACAACAAGAUAAGCAAGUGAUCAAAGGCUCCAUUUUGAUCAAAGAUAUUAUUGAGAUUAAAUUAGCCGAUAAACAUGAUUAUAGUAGUAAUAACAUUGCAAUAAUAUCAAGUACAAGUAGUACGAAUAGUAACAACAAUAAUAAUAAUAACAACAACAAUAAUAAUAAUAAUAAUAACAACAAUAACAACAAUAACAAUAAUAAUAAUAAUAAUAAUAAUAAUAAUAAUAAUAAUAAUAAUAAUAAUAAUAAUAAUAAUAAUAAUAAUAAUAAUAAUAUUAAUAAUAAUAAUAAUAAUAAUAAUAAUAAUAAUAAUAUUAUUAAUAAUAAUAAUAAUAAUAAUAAUAAUAAUAUGAAUGGAGGUUAUAGUUAUUUAAAUCAAUCAUUAAAUAAUUCAAAUUCAUCAUUUUUUGGACAAACAUCAUCAGACUCUGUAAAUAAUUCAAUUGUAAAUAGUAAUAGUAAUUUUCAUCAUAUGAUGCAAAGUAGUGGUAGUAGUAUAAGUGCUGGUAAUCUAGGUAAUGCUAUAAAUUUAAGUCAAAGUAAUGGUAUUUUAGAUUCAAAUAAUAAUAAUGGUUCUAGUAAUAUUUUAAAUUUAAGUAGUAGUAGACCAUUAUCACAAAGUUUAAAUAAUAGUAAUAAUAGUAAUUUCAAUAAUAUAAAUAAUAGUAGUAAUAGUAUAAAUAGUAGUAUAAAUAUAAAUAAUAGUAAUAGUAACUUAUCAAUUUCAACAAGUAGUGCAAAUAAUAAUAAUGGUAUAAAUAAUAAUAUAAAUAAUAUAAAUAAUAGUAAUAAUAAUAUUAGUACUGGUAAUUUAAACAAUAGUAAUAAUUUUAAUGGGAGUAAUGGCAUUGGUGGUGGACAUCAUGCUUGGAUAUUUUCAAUUAAAAUUCCUGAUAGAAUUUAUUUAUUUAAAGCUGAAAGUGAACAUGUUAUGCAUUAUUGGGUACAAGGUAUUAAAAAUAUUUUAGUUGAAUUGGCAAUGAAUGAAAAUAAAUUAAUUGAAAAUAAAAGACAUUCUAAAAAGUUACAAAUGGAUUUCAAUGAAAUAUUAACAAAUGAAAUCAUUAAAGUUCAAACUGAAUCACAUAGAUUAAAGAAACAUUUAAAACAUGAUAAAGAGGAAAUAAAGAAACAAUUGAAUGAAUUUAGAAUUUGGAUUUUAAAUUUUAGUGAAUUAUUCAUAAAAUAUCAAACUCAGGUUAAAUAUAAUGAAGCAAAUUUUAAAAAAACAAUUACUCAUUUAGAGAUACAAUCUAAAAAUUCCUGUAAUAAUAAUAAUAAUAAUAAUAAUAAUAAUAAUAAUAAUAAUAAUAAUAAUAAUAAUAAUAAUAAUAAUAACAUUAAUAGUAAUAAUAAUGAUAUUUAUAAUAAUAAAAGUAAUGGAGGUAAUACAGAUAGUGGAAUUCAUCAUCAUAGUAAACAUCUUUCAACAUCAUUAUUACCAUUCUAUAGUCAAAACUAUAUCAAACAAUCACAAGUCUCACCAAAUGGUAUGGCAUUAUGGUUUCCUGAUGAAUCAAGUAAUAAUUGUAGUUUAUGUAGUGCUUUAUUUACAUUCUUUAAACGAAGACAUCAUUGUAGAAGAUGUGGAUUAUUAUUUUGUAAUAGUUGUUCAAGCAAGAAAAGAGAAGUUAAAGGUUAUUCAGAAAAGGUUAGAGUUUGUGAAGAAUGUUGUGUUUCUAUUGGUUUAUCUUAUACAGCUCAUGCUUCAAAACCAAAUACAUUAUCAAUGUCCUAA